AUGGCCUGGCCAGAUGAGUGGCUGACCAUGCCUAAUGGCGAGCCGUAUGACGGCAAGGAUCUUCUAAACCUGGUCCACAGUGGCAAGAGCCCCUUUGACGGCACCUGGGACGUCAAGCUCCUCGUCUACGAGACUGAGGACGAGCUGAAAACACGAUGCUCCAAUAAACCGGAUAUAGUCGCUCGCUUAGCUCGCGGGGACGUCAACAUGCCCGGCUUUGGCGGGUUCCCAAACCAUGUGCAGGCUCCCGAGCUCCUCCUGCUCGAACAACUGGCCCGUGUCCGCGCAGCACUGUUCCGCUACGACCCGCCACGAGACUUUGCUGCCGAGUAUCUUCUCGAGCGCUUAUUCAAAUUCAUUCCAGGUUCGCUAUCUAUUUCUGUCGCUCCCACGCGUGAGUUCUGGAUGCACAUGCUCGAGUGCAAGAUCAACGCGACGAUCCAGGACAAAGGCGACAUGAUCGUCUGGGAAGACGACGAAGAGACAUCUCUCCUGCGCGCAAUCCCGCACAUCCUACCACAGGAUACGACUGCCAUUGCUGGAGUACCCGACUCCCUCUACCGCCUUGUGCUGGAGCACGGCGACUUCGGCGUCCACAACACGACCAUCACGACCUCUGGUAGGGGCGACGGCGAACCCCUCGUGACCUCGCUGUUCGACUGGGAGACGGCGUGCAUAUGCCCUGCGCUGCUGUUCGAUCCGUUGGUCGCUGUCAGCCCUGUGGAUCUGAUUGUGGACGAGAAUGGGCAACCUGCCCAACUCUAUCACCACGCGUCGGAUUACGAUACCGUUAUGCGGGCUGGACGAGACUUUCGCCACCUGUGGUUUGCGCUACGAGACUGGCGCGGAGGCAACUCAGAAGCCUUUUUUGGCGGCUGGGAACAUGGGCCGAGAAUCGGAUGAAGGAGCCUGGAGUUUUAAAUGUCUCGGAUGCUUAGAAACAACGGGCUCUAGACUUUGCCAGAACCACCAGGCGGGGGUCGUUGUCGAGCGGAGGUUACUGGGUCUUGCGAGGAACACAAAAUGAUGGGAUCCAUAUCACUGUAAAAAAUAAUCAAAUGGCUGUGUAUGAGCGACUACAAUUGACAGGGAUUUUCAA